GGGAACCCAGUUAGUGAGCUGCAGGCUAAGGUUCUGAUGCGUCUGUUUGUAGUGCUGAGUGUUUGUGUGGCGUUAGCUUCAGCCGGAGGUUACGGCGGUGGAGGCGGCGGUGGUGGCGGUGGACACGCCGGAGCAUCCGCUUCCUCGUCCGCUUCCGUCGGUGCGAUUGGAGGCGGCGAUGGAGGCGGUAAGCUCGGCGGAGGUUAUGGAUCUGGUGGUCACGGUUCUGGAGGACACGGAUCUGGCGGCUUCGGCUCUGGCGGUGAUUUAGGAUUUGGAGGCGGCGGUGUCGGAGGAGGUCCCUUCGCAGGUGGCCAUGCUGGCGGUGGAGUGAUUUCCGGCGGAGGUCAUUCUGGAGGUGGAAUCGGUGGCGGUCCUGGAUUUGGAUCAGGUGGAUAUUCCGGAGGAGGUGGCCAUUCUGGUGGAGGUGGCGGCCCUGGAUUUGGAGGAAUCGGCGGCGCCGGUAGCUCUGCAUCAUCUUCAGUUGGAGGUUUUGAUGGAGGUCAUGGCGGCGGAGGUCACGGCGGCGGAGGUCACGGCGGCGGAGGUCACGGCGGCGGAGGUCACGGCGGCGGAGGCUUCGGACCAGGUGGAGGAAUCGGAGGAGGCCAUUCUGGAGGUGGAGGAGGCUUCGGUCCCGGCAUUGGCGGCGGUGGUGGAGGCUUCGGCCCCGGCAUUGGAGGCGGUUCCGGUGGUGGACACUUUGGUGGCGGCCUUAGUCACAAGCACAAGGGUCAUGGAGGCGGAGGCGGAUUCAAAGGCGGAUAUGGAGGCGGCGGCGGAGGCGGAGGAGGCGGCGGUGGCGGCUACGGAAUUCAACCAGUCCCCCACGGUGGCGGACCAGGCGGUGGUGGUGGCUACGGAGGUGGCUCCGGAGCCUCUGCUUCCGCCAGUGCCAGUGCUUCAGCAGGAGCUGGCGGCGGCUAUCAUGGCUAGUCUGGAUUACCCAAAGCCCAAUAUACCUGUAAUUCUCCCAGUGGCUUAAAGUAUUACAACAAAACCGAUCAAAUAUAGUUUUUGUACUCAACAA